CUCAUCCCUCUCGAUUGUCGCACGGUCAGACGCUAACACCCUGAGCAAAACCCUAAAUUUCAUUUUUCUUUUAAAAUUCCACAACAUAAUCCAAUACCUACAUCUCCCAUUUUCGCCUUUCCAUUUUACUCAUAUUAUCAUCCCUUUUCCGCUUUUAUAUGUUCUAGACAGCACACCCUUUUUUUCUUGUUUCUUCUUUCCUUUUGUUUUCAGGGAACAGAGACGAGUCCUCGCGGAGAGAUUUCUUUUGCUGUUUUCUUUGUUUCGGGAGCUAUAUAGCUUCCUUAUUUUACGUGGGUUUAUCCAUCUUUUGCUUUGUCUUUUCUCUCUAAUGGUGGUUUUUCUGUUGUCAACUUAGGGUUUCUUAUAUACCUAUUCACUUCUUUCCAUCAAAGGAAGUUUGCACUUUUGAAUUCUCUCGCGGUCCUGUACGAAGCCAAAAUUCCUGUUUUGAAGGUGAGUUUUUAAUUGGCAAAGAUGUCAUCCCCUUAUCCAGUUCUCGACAAUCGACCAAUUGAUCAGUGGAAGGUUACAGAGUUGAAAGAAGAGCUUAAGAGGCGGAAGUUGACAACCAAGGGCUUAAAGGAUGAUUUGAUCAAACGUUUGGAUGAAGCUCUUCGUAUUGAAAGGGAAAAUUCUGAAAAGGAGCUUGCUGAAAGGGAACGUGCUGAAAAGGAAAUUGCCGAGAGAGAAAUUGCCGAAAAGGAAAUUGCCGAGAGGGAAAUUGCCGAAAAGGAACUCUCUGAAAGAGAGAAUGCUGAAAUGGAGAAUGCUCAAAUGGGUAAUGCUGAAAAUAAGAAACUUGAAGUGGAGAAUGCCGAAAGGGAAAAAUCUGGAAAGGGAACUCCCAAAAGAAAAAAUGCUGAUAAAGCAGACAAUGGUUUUAGUACUGAUCCUCAACCUGUCACUGGAGUAAAAGAUACAGAGACAGUUAUCAUUGCUGAUGAAACAGUAAAGGAAGUGAGGCUUGGCAGUAACAAAAAUAAGAGGGUAGAUGAUGAUAGACUUCAGGUUGACAUCAAUGAUCCUGUGAAUUGUUCAGCCGAGGAGAAAUGUGAAGAAAGAGACAUGAUAGGUGAUGUCAAUACUGCUAGGAUGGAAGGGGUAUCAGAUGUUCAGGCAGCUCAUGUGGAGACUGGCAUUGUGAUUGUGGAAAGUGUGUCUUCUGAAGUGGCUUGUGGACAAGAUAUGCAGAAUUCUGGAGCCAUGGACGAGAAGGGUAAUUCAAGUAUUCAGCAGGAAAAUAAGGAUUCAAAACCUAAGCUGGAGACUGGUAGCUUAACGGCUCAGCUAACAGAUGACGUGCACGAGACUUCUGCUUCAAGCAACCAGGUAUCUGAGGUCAGCCCUGUUUUAGGGUUUCAAGUAAAAUCUGAUUCUAUUUCUACUGAUUCUGUGUCAAUUAACAAAAAGAUUGAACUAAAGGAUAAUAUAAUUGCUGAUAAUGUUAAAAUAGAACAAGAUGUUGUUAGGCCGGAGAUGGUGCAACCAUCAUCCAGCAGUGUUGUCCCAGUCAGUGGUGAAUUGCAUCCAAUGGAUGUUGAAGAGCCACUUGAGAAGAAGGCAUCUGUUGAAGAAAAAGAUGAUGAAAAUAUUACAAAUGCAGACGCAUCCAAGAAAAAUGACAGUGCAGAUAUAGGGUAUUCCGAAAAAUUGAAUUUAGAUAGAAGUUCUGGUGAUGACUCGAUGGAGGAUGAUGUUUUGGAGAGUAAGCAAAUUGAUUCUAAAUAUAAUUCUGAUGAAGUGGGAAAUAGGAGCGAGAAAAGUAAAAUGCUUGUUGUAAAGGAUGAAAGUCCUGUUGAUGUUGUAGGAGAUGAUUUAUCUACAGCAAAAACUGUCAUGCCUGAUGAGAAUAAGACUGUUCCAUCUGUACCUGCUGAAAAGAGAAAGUUACAUGAUCAAGAAACAGUUGGAAAUAAUGAGCCUUUAAAGAGGCAACGCAGAUGGAACUCAGAGAACAUAAAAGUGCCAGAACUGCACGGGGCUGAUGUCACGCCUACUAUCACGCCUAAGGGCAACUUUCAGUCAACAAGUCUGAAACGGAGCUUUUCUAAAUUGGACUCUUCGGCUAAUGAAGACGCUCCCAAAGAACGUGUUGUUCCAAUAUCGCAAAAAACUCCUACGAAUUCCCUCAGGAUUGAUCGUUUCUUGCGGCCUUUUACACUAAAAGCUGUGCAAGAACUUUUGGGAAAAACUGGGACUGCUACCAGUUUCUGGAUGGACCACAUAAAGACUCAUUGCUAUGUCACUUAUUCGUCAGUUGAAGAAGCUGUAGAGACACGGAAUGCCGUUUAUAAUUUGCAGUGGCCCCCAAAUGGGGGACGCCUUCUAGUGGCUGAGUUUGUUGAUCCCCAGGAUGUAAAGUUGCGUUUGGAGGCUCCUCCAACUCCUACUACACCUGUCAAUUCUGGCUCUACUGCUACAGCCCAAACUACUUUGCAGCCUCAACCCUCUCCCCGUCAACAGGUUUCAAGGCAGCAGCUUCCACCGCCCUCAGCUUUACCUCCUCCACCACCAUUGUCUAAUCCACUUCCAGUAAGGGAACGACUUCCUCUUCCUCCACCUCCCCCACUUCCUGAGAAACAAGACCCCCCUAUUGUUACUCUGGAUGACCUGUUUAGGAAGACCAAAGCAACUCCUCGGAUCUAUUACUUACCUUUGUCAGAAGAUCAAGUUGCAGCGAAACUUGCAUCUCGGGGGAAAAACAUGAAGCAGUAGGGUUCAGACAGUAGUAAAAAUCCCUGGCUGCUCCUGGGAUUUCAUUGAGUUGGUCAUAUGUUGAUUAAGGUAAGAAAGUAUCACAUAAUUGCAAUCUUUGCAGGUCUGCAGGUGUUGCUUAUGGGAAGGGAUCAUUCAAGUCGAGUGGAGGGAUCUGGUUCGAUGUUGAAAUUGGUUUUCCAAAGGCUGCCUUGGGUUGGGUUGGGUUAUUAAGGGAUAAGCUUACUUUUGGUUUAGAACCCUAUAACUCCUUAUAAGAGUAGAUCAGUUGACCUUUUGGUUUCAGUCAUGCUUUUCAGUGGAGCCAGAACUCUUUCCUAAACUUAAUUUCACAGAAACCCGACUUUUGAUUAUGACUUUUGGUACAUUGUGGGAAAUGUAGUUGUAGCAUCAGAGACAUAAUUCUUGUUUGGAUUUUGCUUCUGGCCUCCUGCCCUACAGGAUGAAACUAGUGGAUGUGUGUGUGUCCUUUAUGUUUAUUAGGUAAAAGUGGAGAAGAUACUCGCAACAAA